UACUCAACAAAGACUUAAGGCAACAGCACCUUAGUCUUCACUCCAUCUAUAUAAUUUUUUUUUCCCUUCAAAAUAAAUAAAUAAAAGUCUUCUCCAUUUCACUUUUACACCACAAAAAAUAAAUAAAAAUAUAAACACCAUGAACCAUCAGGUUAUAGAAGAUGAUAAUAUGGUACUUAUUUCCCAGUACUAUCCUGAUAUUUACACCCAACUUGUACCACAACAAGGAGAGUCAAAGCCGCGGAGAAGACGUAAGAAGAACAAAUUAGGAGAAGGGAGUGGGAAUGAUCAAAUGAUGAUGAUGAGGAAGAGGAAGUUAAGUGAAGAACAAGUUAAUUUACUUGAGCAAAGUUUUGGGGACGAGCACAAACUAGAGUCAGAGAGAAAGGACAAGCUAGCCGCUGAGCUAGGGCUCGACCCUAGACAAGUUGCGGUGUGGUUCCAAAACAGGAGGGCUCGUUGGAAGAGCAAGAAGCUAGAGGAGGAAUAUUCAAAGUUGAAAUCUGAACAUGACAAUAAUGUUGUUGAGAAGUGUCGUCUGGAAACUGAGGUGUUGAAGUUGAAAGAACAAUUGAAUGAAUCAGAGAAGGAGAUACAAAGGCUAUUAUUAGAACGAUGUGAUGGGGUAUCGAGUAAUUACACAAGUCCAAGUGCUUCAUCUUUCUCAAUGGAAGCACCAUUUCUAGGGGAAUUUGGAAUGGAUGGAUUGGACAAUGUGUUUUAUGCACAAGAGAAUAAUUAUGUUCAAGGAUUAGAUUGGGUGAACUUAUAUAUUUGAUAUAAAUAAUUAUAAACAUCAUCAUGUGAUUAAUUUCUAAUUUUAGGAUCCCAUAAUUCUAUUUGUAGAUAAGUAACCCCACUAUAUAACGUACUAAAUUAUGUAAAUAUAUCUUUUUUUUUCCUUGCUUUUUUUCUAGACUAGUGUGGUAAUUAGAGUUACUAGUAUUUGACUAGCUAGCUAGCAAGUUGCAAGAUGGAAUAUAACUUGGAUUUUUAUUUUAAA